GAAUUCAGGAGAGCCUUGCGCUGGACGAGGCCAAGCUUGCGGCGCGAAGAGCGGAGCAGCAGCGCCGAAGAGAGGCGGAGCUUUCGAAGCUGGGGAUGCACUUUGCCGGGAUGGACCUUGACGAUGUGCCCAAGGCACCAAAGCUCGUCAACUUGCACCCGGAUCCUGCGCUUAAGGGCUGCCUGGUGUACUACUUGCCCCUUGGGGAGACUCGGAUUGGCGCCGACGCCAACUUGUGCCGCAUGGCGCUCUCGGGGCCCAACGUGGCUGAGGAGGUCUGUGCCGUGGACAACGCCGAGAACGUGGCGCUGUCCAUCCGACCCCUGGGCAACGGACUGGUGAGAGUGAAUGGCGCGAUGGUGCCACAGGAGGGCCAGCCGCUGCGGGAUGGCGACAGGCUUGCGAUCGGCCGUGCUUACAUCUUCCUGGUGCAGGUUCCGCGCGCCGCCAGCACCGAGUCGCAGGAUCCCACGGACGACUUUGAGCGCGCGCUGGAGGAGAUCUCGGCGUGCGCCCAAAUCGACCCACAGUGGGAGAACGGGGUUCAGAAGGCCAUGCUGCUGGUGAAGAGCGACUUCGGGGACGAGGCGGCGGGCCAGCUGCUGCGGCAGGCCAAGCGUGCCUCAGAAGCUUGCGAAAUGGCCAACGGCGUGCUGCAGAUGAUGCCUGAGAAGGUUACAGAUGGUGUGCGCAGGUUCGAGCUGUCCAUUCUCUUUAACGCCCAAGGCCUGCCAGAGGUGUGCGUGGUGGCCCGCCGUUGUCCAGGCGAAAACGCGGUCGCCGGCAUUUGGGAGGUGGAGACUUUUUGGCAGGAUCGUCUGCCCUUGCUCUUCGACUCCUUGACGACUUGCACCCAAGAGGGAGGAACGGAUGCUGACGAUAGCGAUGCUGCAGAGGAGUUUCGGCCUUCCGAGUGGCGCUGGGAGUCACGGGUGUGGAGCGACAUCAGCAUCCACGACUACAGGAGCCUGCUCAGCGAGCGUGAAGAGCUCCUCAGGAGCCUGAAGUCCGCCCAGGAGGCGCUGAAAGUCGCGGAGGCGGCGAGGCCGCCGAGGGGACGUUUGUCCUCGUUGGCUCUCAGCUCCUUGAGCCCUGCGGCUUUGCUGCGCUCCUCGGCCCGCCGCGCCGAAGGAGCCGCGAACUCUUCGAAGCUACGGCAGAUCGAUUGUCCCAAGGAGGAGAUCUUCCGGCCCCCGUCGCGCAGGGACCCCGGGUGGUGUCUUUCGUCGGCUUUGUUUGACGGUGUGACGCCAGCGAGGUGUUCUCCAGUGGUGAGUGGUCCACCGGCAGUCAGCGGGGCCAAAGAAGCGCCGCGAGGCAGUUGA